CUUAAGUUUGUAAAGUCCAUUUCACUCUUUUUCGGAGUGUGAUUAAAUCGGCAGGCUCUUUUUUGUAGCGUCGUUUUCGUGAAUGUCUUGUUUUUGCCGUGGGAGUGGAAACUUGUACGCAACCGUCGAAGAUGUUGAGCCAACGUUUCGGGGCUAAUGUCAAACAGUCUGUGACCCAAGAUGCCUCUGAACGACGAACGACCCAACUGCACUUCCAGCGGUGAGGACCAAGGCAGUGAUGUAGAGUCGAUGUCAGAACGCUGUGAUAGCAUGACGUCGACCAGUGACCUGGACUGCUCCCGUGAAAGCUUCUCCAGUGACUGCUCAAGCAAGCACUGCACGCCUUCAUCGAGUCCACCCAAACCUUUAACCCUGGAUGAAGUCAUGGAGUCUGCCAGAGACCUCUCCAGUCUCAGUCUUGCCCAUGAGAUCACUGUGAACCACAGCUUCCACAUUGAGCCAAUCAGUUUACCUCAGGACAGUUUAUGGAAGUUAGUUCGAGACAAUGUCCACAAAGCUUUCUGGGACAUCCUGGAGUCAGAGCUGAACGAUGACCCGCCUGAAUAUGGCCAUGCCAUCACACUCUUGGAGGAGAUCAGAGAGAUCUUACUGUCAUUUCUCAAUCCCGGUGCCAAUCGAAUGAGGACCCAGAUCAUGGAGGUGCUGGACAUGGAUUUGAUUCGUCAGCAGGCUGAACACGAUGCUGUUGACAUCCAGGGACUUGCCUCCCACAUUAUCACCACCAUGGGCAAGAUGUGUGCACCGGUCAGGGAUGACGACAUUAAGAAACUGCAUGAAAGUACAGAUAAUAUUGUGACACUCUUUAGGGAGAUUUUUCGUGUGCUGGACUUGAUGAAGGCAGAUAUGGUGAACUUCACCAUUGUUAAUCUGCGGCCUGUGCUGCAGAAACAGAGUGUUGAAUAUGAGAGGGCAACGUUCCAGAACAUCGUAGAAAAAACACCCAAUGCUCUGAAAUACACCACGUCCUGGAUUAAGUCGGUAGUAGAGGAGCUGUGGGCCAACGUUUCAACAGACCAGACUCCGGGGAAAGAACAGAAAAGUGUGCCUGGGCCUUUCCAGAUUCUCAGUGUGGCCUUUCUCCGUGUCCUCACAUGGGAUUACAAUAAGAGCCCUCUGCCCGAGACCUGGAUUACAGACGAGAUGCGUCUUCGAGAAAUUCAGUGGAAGCUUCAGCAGUAUCAAGCAGUGAACGAGGUGCUGCUCAUUGUGCACAGCACCAUUGGUGGGCCCGUCCAAGGUCUGUCCAUCCUGUCUGACCGCCUGAAGAGGAUGACAAUGGUGCUGUUGGAUGGAAUGCACAGCCCGGACUUUGAUCUAAAAGAGGCACUAGAGGGCAUCAGUGUUCAGAUCUGUUGUGAGCUCAACAAGUCAUUAACAGAGAGGAACUACCCUGCACUGACUGCUGCACUACAGUCCACACUCACAGGCCAGAUCUGCAGCAUCACCGAGAAUGACAAUCCCAUCCGAAGUUUAGUUGAGGACCGUGUGCAGCAGUACUUUAUGGCUCUCAUCUGUGAUCCUAAACCCCAGGCCAAACUUGAACAGGUACCAGCUGGCUUGACUGCGAUCAAGCCUGAAUUGGCCUCAAUCGGAGAAAGGUUCAUCAGCCUGGUCAACUACAACAAAUCGGUGUAUGGACCUUUCUAUGCAGAUAUCAUCAGAAAACUGUUGUUCAGCAGCAACCCACCAGCAGGAAACCAACCUCAGAGCACGGCUCAGGAGUCUAUCACCUCAGAGUAAAUCCAUACUUUGGCACAGGCUGUUUAGAACUCUUUUUGCAACUUGAUAUGGCUGAAUCCAAGUAGGUACCACAAAGAGCCACGCAGAACUACACCUCUGUUCAGCCAGUGAGCUCUAGUAGAUGGAGUUACUUUCAGUGCAUUACAAAUUACAACAAAGUUUCUGCCACUACAUUGUGCAGUGUAGGCACCAUGAGGGCAUCAUUAAAUGUGACCUCCAUCAUAAGUGAUAAAUGUUUCUCCUAUGAGCAUUCACAGCUGAACGGUGGUGGCCCUACAUUGUGAGUUUGUGCAUAUUCAAACUGCUGUUGUAAAGAGGGAAUAGGGCAAAAGGGCAAAGUUUAGGAUGUGUGAGUCAUACAGUAAGCUUUAUGAAGCAAAGAGGAAUAUAAUUACAGCAAUAUAUAUAGAAAAUAGAAUAGCAUUUAAACUAACAAACUAAUGCAAAACUGAAUCCACUUUUUCAAAACUCUUCAUGUUACCAACAUGCAUCAUAAGCAACCGGUUAAUUUCACUCACUUACUGAAAUCUCAAUAACACUUGAUAUAUGUGAUACAUGAAUCAAUCAUGUGUACACCUGCAGCCCAUCACACACUCAGGCUUAGUCCACACGUAGGCAGGUAUUUUUUUUCCUUCCCUGGUUUCAAAAAAACAUCUUCACCUACAUGAAAAUGCAAAAACCCACUGGUAUGUGCUGUCAAAAGCCUAAUUUUAAAGCAUUUUGGCCAAUCAUCACAGACAGGCAAAAUGUAACUGAGCUGUUCUUCAGCAUCAUACUGGAAUACAGAGUGUAUAAAACAUGUGAAACUGUUGACUGUGAGUCCUGCCAGUCCAACCUUUGGGGUCAUGUGACAUGAGUGUGACAAAUGUGGCCCGAUAAGUACCAAUCAGGAAGUGAAUGUGAAUAACUGUAUCAUAUUUCUGCCCGUCCACAGCAAAAGCACAUCCCUGGAGUUUUCGAGCAGCAUUAACCCAGCAAACUUAAAAAUUGAGUUGUGUGGUCAGCUCAGUCGACCAUAAACAAUUCAAUUAGAAAGCAAACCUAACACACUGAUCGUAAGACAUGAAAAACAGGGAGUAUCACACAAAUUGCAAACUUUCACGUUUGCAGUUUUAUUGCUCGUUAAUAUAAUAUUAAGUACUCAGUAGGUAUUAUUGUAUUUUUGUCAGUAUGUUUACUGCAGAAAUGUAUGAAAUUUGAACCAUGCUGUUUGAUUUUUUUGUUUUUUGAAAACUUUGUGGAUGAACACAGAUUUAUUGGUCAUGGACUGCAUUUUGUGUGAAAACGAUAGAAAACCGUCCACACUUUGGUCCACAUUGUCUUCUGUCUUCUAUGGUAGGUGAAGAGUUUUGAAAACAAGACUAUAGUUUAUUGCAACUGUAUUGUCAAUGAUAUGGCAGAAGUUUUUUGAUUUCAUGUCUGCAUGAGAGGCAUUGUGUCUCGUUAGUUCUUUUGUUUGACAUAUGACUAAUGUUGUAUUCAUUUACUUACAGUAUAUUCUAAUAAUGGAAUACUUGUCACAUUGUUUCAUUUAGUAUGAUUGUUAUGCGUUGUGGUUCUGUAGUUGCUACAGUGUUUCUAUGUUGACUGUUGAAUCCCGUUUUUGAUUGAAAGGUGCUGAACCAGGAGGGAAUUUUUUGCCCAAAAGUUUACACAAAAAGUGGGAUGUUCUUCUUUUCCACAGUUAUUAUAAUACAAGUAAAUCAUUGUACCUUGUUUGUUAUGUUGUUUAUUUGAAAAUGUUCAAGUGUCUGAAUACAGAACAUGGGCUCAACCAUUUCAUAUAAAUAUUGAAUUGAAUGACGGUUAAAAUUAUUACUAUUUGAUAUUUGUGCGGGUCUGUGAGAAAUAAAGAUGUUUUCCUUA